AAAGACGGCUGUACUUGGGUCCGCUCGGCGCGCUAAACGUCGUGCCUUCCAUGCCUCAAUAUUUUGAAUUCGGUCCUCUUUUAGCUUGAGAUUGCAUCCUUCAUCGAGUCUCACUGUUUCCGAAGCUAGCUAGCAAUUCCGGGGGGCAAAUAAUGAGCGUGCCCCUCACAGGUAGCAUCAUAGCAGUCUUUUGGUACGCACUUCCAACAAAUCGCCGACGCGCUCACAGACAUCCGGUAUAAAGGCCAUGGACUAGUUAAACAUGAAUCAUUAUUCUCCACCUCUCAGAAAGUCUAAUCAUCAAUUUCAAUGACCGCCCUCUCAGCUUUUAUUCUAGCCGCUAUCGCGACUGUGGCUAAAGCCCAGUCUCUUACCGUUGUCAACUCCUGCAGCGAAUCUGUUUUCUUGUACACGCAGACAAGUUACGGUUCUGUCGCCAACAACAUCAACGUCUCCUCGGGUCGGAGUGCAAACCUGGGAAUUAGCUCCAAUUGGGACGGCGCUAUCAACAUUGGUACUGGAUGCAACGGUGGUAGUUGUACCACUGGCGGCUCUACUUGGAACGGUAAGACUCCCUUCAGCAGAGCCGAAUUUAACUUCUGGGCAAACCCCGGAAGGGUGACAUAUGACAUCUCGCUCAUUUAUGGCUAUAACGUUGGAAUGAAGAUCUCCUCCGCUGAUUCUAGCUGUGAUGCUUUCGCUUGCACCAUCUCAUCCGGAUGCCCUGUUCCGGGACCUGGAUCCGACACGUGCUAUUCCCCUUGCUGCUCUUCUGCGAGCGCAUGCAGCGGUGGUGCGCUUCCCGCUGGUGGAGGAGGUUGCGUCAACAAUGAGGGCCCUGGCCCCAACAGCAAAUUCUACUAUGACACUUGUCCUAAUGCCUAUGCGUUCCCUGACAAUGACGGCUCGAAUGGCUAUACGCCGGCUAACAAUGUCGUUUAUACUUGCGACAACACCGAUAUCACCCUUACUCUGUGCCCUGGCACAACCUCUCACAUUGGCAAGUAGCUAAAUACGAGGGAAAGACCACCCGUGCCACAUAUCUUGACCUGUAAUAUUCGUUCAAUACAAUGUACAUGGGUUCUAAUCCCAGUUGCCAC